AUGAAAUUGUUUCGGUCGCUUUUCCUUUUACCUUUACAGUUGCAACGGCAGCUCGUGCUGCCGACAGCGCUGCUUUUGUUGCUCAGCAUAUGCUUGCAACAACGCAUCGCACUCGUCACAGCUGACAACUUGGAGUCAAAUGCACACGUCGGUGACUAUUUUCCUGCCCUUAAUGAGUUUUCAACACACACUGUGAUACGCCCCCUAGUGCAACAUGGUCGCACUAAGCGCGCUCUGCAUAGCACUCUGGAUGCAACGGAUGGUCUACAUGCUCCGCAGCUGACACUGAGCUACAUGCACCAAGGACAACGCAUCCAAAUCGAAUUGCAACGCAACGAUCGCCUCCUGCCCGACGCCCACUUCCUGCGCUAUCAGAAUGCCAGCAACCAGGAAGAUGGCGCCUCCGGCUACGUCGUGCGCAAUUUCACCAAGACUGACAUUGAUUUAUGCCAUUAUCAGGGACAUAUACGUGGCAAACAGGACUCAAGUGUGGCGCUUUCCACCUGCGAUGGCAGCCUCAAUGGCGUCGUCUUCGAUGGCCUGCACACGUACUUCAUUCACCCGCACAUCGAUGGCAACGGAAGACUGCAGGAUGACCAUUAUCUGCUCAGGCACGCCGAUAUGUUGCAACAGAAUGCUACCUGUGGGUACGACAGCAGCAAGGAUAGUCACAAUCCACAGGAAGAUGAUGAAAGGUGGCAGCACGAGAUGGAGCGGGAAGAAAAACCUUCUUUGCCCCAACGUUUGGAUGGUGGAGAAUUCCAUCGGAUGUUGAGACGCAAGCGAAGGCAUGCGGAUGAAAGUCAACUGCUACGAGGACCGUACAAUGCCAACAAGUACUCCAGCUACGUGGAACUGGUCAUUGUGGUGGACAACAAGUUGUACAACCAUUUCGGGGAGAAUGCCAAGCGAGUGCAUCAGCAUUGCAAGGAUCUGGCCAACAUUGUGAAUGCCAUAUAUGUGCCCUUAAACAUUUUUGUGGCGCUGGUGGGCGUGGUCAUAUGGAACGAAUCGAACGAAAUUGAGAUCUCCAGCAAUUCAAGUGUCACACUGGCCAACUUUCACGAAUAUCGAAGAACAAAGCUCGUCCUGCAGCAUCCCAACGACAACGCACAGCUGCUGACCAAAGAGGUGUUCUCGAAUAAUAUUGUGGGCUUGGCCUCGGUGGGACCCAUUUGUACCUACCUGAGCUCGAGUGGGGUGAACAUGCAGCACAGUAAUAUACUGGCCGUGGUGGCCACCACGAUGGCUCAUGAGAUGGGCCACAACUUUGGCAUGGAGCACGAUUCCAGCGAUUGCCACUGUCUGGAUGAAAAGUGUGUGAUGACUGCUUUCAACACGGCUUUUGUUCCUGUGCAUUGGAGCAGCUGCAGCAUCGAUCAGCUGACGAUUGCCUUCUCGCGUGGCAUGAACUAUUGCAUGAGAAACAAACCAACGCGUCUCGAUUACUCGCCACAAUGUGGCAAUAUGUUCGUGGAACCCGGCGAGCAAUGCGACUGCGGAUUGCCCGCCCACUGCGAGAACAGCUGUUGCAAUGCCCACACCUGCAUGUUGCACAGCAACGCCUCCUGUGCCACCGGCGAGUGCUGUGACCUGGACACGUGUCGACCCAAACAGGCAGGAAGCGCCUGUCGUCCGGCGGAGAAUGAAUGCGAUCUGCCGGAGUACUGCACCGGCGAGUCAGAGUACUGUCCGGCGGAUGUGUUUCGCCGUGACACGGAACCCUGCGACAACAAUCAGGCUUAUUGUUUCCAUGGCACCUGUCGCUCGCAUGCUAGUCAAUGUCGGAUUCUGUGGGGUUCGACGGGUGACAAUUCCGUGCAUUGCUACGAGAAGAAUAUAGAAGGUACCGACCAGGGUAACUGUGGCUACAAUCGCCUCAAGAAGACCUUGGUCAAGUGCACACCCGAACACGUCCAUUGCGGCAUGCUUCACUGUUCACAUUUCAACCAACGCCUAGAAUUUGGCAAAGUUUCUGAGUUCUUUGGUUGGUCUUCCUCUGAUGGCCGUACAACUGUCAAAUGCAGCUCGGUGCGUGUUGAUCUCGGACUGAACACAAUUGAUCCUGGUAUGACCCCGAAUGGGGCUAAGUGCGGUGAGCGGAGCAUGUGCGUCAAUCAGAAGUGCAUGCCCCUGGACCGUGUGCAUGCCCCGGCCUGUCCCGAUAACUGCAAUGAUAACGGCGUCUGCAACAGUCGAGGACAUUGCCACUGCGAUCUGGGAUUCGGUGGUGAAUCGUGCAACAAGCCUGGACACGGCGGCUCCGUUGACAGCGGUCCAGCAACAAAUCCAAUCAGCAAUUUGAGCUUCAAGCAAUUUAUGUUCAUUCUGUUCUUCCUGGCGGUGAUGCUUCUGUUCUUUUUCUGGAAUGUCUAUCACUUUAUGAUCCGCAACAAGUUCUUCUCCGGUAGAAAGCUCGCUGAGAAUAUGAGUAGUCGCAGCGCCACCACUUAUUCUAAGUCUGCACCUUCAAUUCCGCCGCAUUCACAACCACUUAACACACAAACUUAUUUUGUAACUGCAACAAACAUACACUCCCAAAUGUCACGCCUCAAGUCCAGGCAAGCCGGCUCCCCUGCUGUAGUGCAUCCGCCUGCCGUGCCCAAGAGCCAGAGCAACUCUGAUGUCGAUCAUGUGGUUCCUACCUGGCGACGCAAGGUCCCCACUACCCAGCUAACAACACCCCCCCCUGUUCCACCACACAGAAACAUCAGUUACCACAACAAUAACAAUAACAACAGUAACAAUAAUACGCGACGCAAGCUGGACAUCACGGCGCCACGUCUGCAUGCAACAACAAAUCCUUUGGCGCUCACCGAUGGCGCCAAACACAUACAGAGAAACCCCGCGAGGUUUGCCAAAAAAUAGCAACAAUAACACUAACACACAACACUGCCU